ACAACCAACAGCACCACCAGUCCACCGCCGACAUCCUCAAGCAGCCUGCCCGCUUUGACCUCCAGCCCGUCACGAAAUGCCACCGCCACCACAACGUCGAGCAGCGGCUCCACCUCUUCACAAAGCACCUCUUCACAAAGCUCCUCUUCACAAAGCACCUCUUCAGAAAGCUCCUCUUCACAAAGCAGCAUCACACGGGCCCCAGAAACGUCCAGAGGACCACAACGAACAUCGAUAGGAACGUCAGUCUUUGUGGCCACACUCUCCGACGGCGAUGUAUCGAGCUUCAUGCGAUCUAAUACGGCCUAUGUCACCACCGUCGAUGGCGAGGUCUACACAGUACCGGCCAUUCAGACCCUCACAUCUUACGCGUACGUUCCCGGCGGUGGUGCCACUCCCGCAGCCGCCGCACCAUCAUCAAGCCCGACUCUUUCCGACUCAGGCUCCCCCGGCAGCAGCAGCCCACCUGCCGGCACCAUCGCCGGUGGUGUGGUGGGCGGUGCAGCUGGACUCGCCGUCGUGGUCCUCAUUGCUAUGCUUGCCAUGCGAUGGUACCGAAGAAAGGGCGCGACGGCUCACCGAGCAUUACC